AUGGACACUUUUGAAAUUGGCAGGGCAUUUUCCUCUUUUGGUGAUUUGAAGAAGGCGAUAGAAACGUUGCAAAAGACAACUUAUUCCCAGUUUUAUAUAAAAGAUAGCAGAAGCAUAGCAUCAGCAUUAAAACGCACGCCAGGAAAGAUAAUAAAGCCAGAGCUGAAAUAUUCCUAUAUAGUUUUUGCAUGUAUUGCAGGAGGAAAGAAGUUUGUAUCCAAGUCAAAAGGCAGAAGACCAAAUCAAAGUACAUUCAAAAUGAAUUGCCCAGUGGAAAUAAUAUUAACAGUUGAAAAAGAUGGUUCUUGUCUUAAAGUUGCAUCUCUAAAUAUGAAUCAUAACCAUCAGUGUAGUAAGGUAGCAUUCUCUCAUCUACCUCAUCAAAGAAAGUUAACUGGAUCUGCUUCUGAUGAAGCAGUCAAACUACUUAAGAUGCGAUGCAAUAAGAUAAUCUUGCAAAAUCAUUUGAAAAACAUUACUGGGAAAGUAAUAACAGGUCGUGACCUGUCGAAUAUAAAAGCAAAACAUGUCACAUAUUCCAUAGAAAAAAAUAAUGUAGAAAGUAUUGUUAAAAAAUUGCAAAAUAAUGAAGGGUCAACAACGGAAGUUAUUGCAGAUGAAAACAAUAAUUUGCUGGGUAUUUUUUAUCAAGACCAGGCAAUGAAGGAUUGUUUCUCUGCAUUUCCAGAAAUGCUAUUUAUUGAUUCCACAUACAAACUUAACAAUUUGAAUAUGCCAUUAUAUAUUUUGUUAGGAGAGGAUGGUAAUGGCCAUAGUGAGAUAUUUGCAACAUUUCUGGUAGCAAAUGAGGAAAAAAAAAUGAUUGAAUUAAUGAUACGCAUUUUUAAGAAGGUCAAUCCUAAUUGGGAAAAAACAUUAAAUAUUAUGUCAGAUAAAGAUAUGACAGAGAGACAAAUUUUAGGAAUAGAGUUCCCACAAGCAAAUUUGCAUUUAUGUUUGUUCCAUGUCUUAAGGACCUUUAGAAGGGAAUUGACAUUAGAGAAGAUGGGUAUUACAUCUGAACAGAGACGUUUAUGUUUAGAGAUUUUGCAAAAAAUGACUUAUGCAAAAACAGAAGAAGACUAUGCCAACCUUUAUCAGUCUCUGAAAUCAACAAAAAUUAAUAGUGUUAUUUGUUAUUUUGAAGACAAUUGGCAUAAAAUACACAAUGAAUGGGUUGAGGGUCUGAAAUCAACAAAUCUAACAUUCCUGAACAGAACCAAUAACAGACUGGAAUCUUUAAAUCAAAAAAUAAAACAAGUUUGUUCUAGAAACACAAACCUUGGACAGUUUUUUGACGAUUUUUUGGUAUUUUUACAGUCCACAAGGGUAAUGCAAGAUCACAAAGCAAUAAAUAUUUUUCAUAAAAGACCUGUUAUUCUUUAUGAACCUGGCUCUGUUGAAGAGUCUUACAAGAAAUUGCUAACACCUUAUGCAUUUAGUUUUGUUUUAAAGGAAUUAGAAUUAGCAUCAGAAGUAAGGUCAUUAAAAAAGCUUCCUCAAAACCAAUAUGAAGUUACAACAACAUAUGCUAAAUUAAAAGUGACUGUUCUGUCUUGUGAUUGUGGGUUCAGGUCUGCAAUGCUAUUGCCAUGUAGACAUAUUUUUGCAGUUAGAAAAGUGGAAGAAGUUGAUUUAUUUAACAGAACACUGUGUUCACCAAGAUGGUCAUUAGACUACUACAAAUCAAAGCAUCAUGUUGCAAAAUCUCUGGCGCCGGGUAAUCCUGGUCAAUAUGGUGUAGUUACCAAGUCUCCUAUGAGGGAAUAUGAGAAUAGAUAUGACUUACUUGCAAAUGUUUUAGAUUUUUGGAAAAAAGGUAUUGAUAUUGGCAUACAAAAAAGAAAUGUAGAUGAAGUCCAUGUUGAAAAUCUAGAGCACAGCAAUGAUGACAUAGAAGUAGCUAUCAGUAACAUGAAUAAUAACGAUUUAUCAUUUACUGUAGAACCAGAAGAUAUAGCCAAUGGAGAUAAAGUUGAUGGUAUAAAUCACAACAUUGAUGAUGACGAAGUAGACAUUCAAGUAGAAAAGCAUGUCAGUAAGAUGCAAAGCAAUAAGGAUUUAUUGCAUAAUGAAGAACCAGAAGAUAUAGUCAAUGAGGAUAAAGUUAAUAUUGUAGAGCAUAACAAUGAUGAGAUAGAAGGACACAUUCAAGGGGAGAGCACCAGUAAAAAUAAAAACAAUGUAGAUUUUUUGCCAGGUAGUUGCAGUCAUGGUGAAUCUGUGCAUUUUAUUUGA